AUGCUAUCAAAUUAUUGCAAACAAUGUGGCAAUCGUCACGAAGAUCAAGAAUGCGCAGUAAACUCAACUGUCAUUGAAUGGAAAUAUGAAGGAAAUCUAGUUACCUUAUAUGGGUCCUGGAGUCACUUCCAAGUUGGGUACCCAAUGGUGAAAUCCAAGUAGCCUCCUUAGUACUCUCUUCUAUGCUAUUCUAGUUUCUUACAAGCCGAAAUCAAUCCACCCUUACCUCCAGGUUACCAUUAAUACAAGUUCAAUGUUGAUGGGGUUUGGAAACAUGAUCCCAAUGCAGAUGUAAUUUACAAUAAUUUCGGGACUUAUAAUAAUUGGGUAUCAAGAAACCCCUAUUAAUAUAGGUGGAAGUCGUACCAAGGAAGUUGAUUCAAGUGGAUAGUUCUGAUGAUCAGGAGCCAAACUCAGACGAAGAUGUUCAGUUUAGAUAAAACUAUAAAGUACAGAGACUCUUAUGAAUCUUAGCAAGACUUAAUGAAAGUAAAGGUACGCACUUACUUGGACUGGAAUGAGAUGUUUGUGAUGGGCUCUUGGGAUGAAUGGAAACAACCAAUCAAAUUGAAUAGAAAAUUUUUGGGUUUCGCUAAGAAGUACAUCAAUUACGCGUAUUUACAUCUGGCACCUGGUUCAUAUCAGUACAAAUUUCUCAUUGCAGGAUAAUAUGUCUAUGAUGAGACUCUGCCCACAACCGAUAAUAAUUUCUAAUCCAAAAAUAACAUUCUUCAUGUCAAUCGAAAAUAACUCCAUUAUCACCCCCAAAACUAUGACAAUGUCUACUUCACUCAAUACUAAAUCCAAAAGAAAUACGAAAGAAUUCAUGGCUUAACUAUGACAGGCAUUGGAAAUGAAUUCUACAUUUUCGGUGGUCGAGGAACAGGCCAUAACUUUAAAAAUGAUCUCCACAUCCUCAAUCCCAGAACCAAAGAACUUAGAGUAGUAGAGGACACCAAAGGACCCAUCCCUGAUCCAAGAGCAUUCCAUAAGUAAAUCUAUCCUCCAAAAUUAGUGCAAUCAAAUAUGGGAAUAAGAUAAUUUACUAUGGCGGACUCAAUUCAGACAAAGUCUUUGAUGAUUAUUAUGUCUACAACACAACCUCAAAAACUUGGAUCCAAAGCAAACCCAAAGGAUAACUCCCCUCUCCAAGAGAAAAAGCCUCUUUGACUUUGCUUUCCAACUACUAAUCGUUAAUUUACUUUGGAGGAUACUACUGUAGCCAUGAUCUUGAAGUGCAGAAGACAUACAAUGAUAUUUAUUGUCUUGAUCUAACCACCAUGAUGUGGACACAGUAUUUAUCUCAACCUAAAAAUAGUUAUGAUCUAGAUGAGCAUGCACUCAAGCCUCCCCCAAGGUCUGCCCACUCUGCCACUCAAAUCAAAGACAAACUGUACAUCUUUGGAGGGCAGUCCCUUCCUGAAGGACACUACACUCCAAAUUUUAACGAUUUGUGGAUUCUGGAUUUCUCAAAAGAAGCCAGUUGGGCCAAUUUGACUCCAGUUAUGAAGGGAGAACCCCCUUCCUCAAGACAUGGACAUUUAGGAAGUGCUUUGGCUGGCCACUUGUUCAUCUAUGGAGGAAGAGGUGAGCAUUCAAGUGAUAUUCUCGGCGAUCUCUAUCAUUUCAAUCCUGAAACUUUGGUUUGGUACUAUAUUUUUAUUAAUUUAAUCUUAGGACGAAACCUAAAAUACAUGGAACCAUACCCAUUCCAAGAUGUUAUUGUGCUGCCGAUACCAUGGGAAGUGGAAAUGAAUUGUGGAUUAUUGGAGGACACAAGGGAAAUAUGAUUUUCAAUCAAUAGUAAUAAUUGUCUUCAUUUCUAUAGAAAUCAAACUCAUGUUUAUGUCAUGUCAUUUGAAGAAAGAGAUGAUGAUGACAUCUUUAGUUCUCCUAAAGUUGUAAGUAGAAAACCUGAACCUGAAUUUACAAUGGAUAUCAUAAAAGCAAUAACUAAAUGAAC